GUAGCAACCAAGAAAGUGCUUCGACACCUCGAACCUCGAAUGUUUCCUUCUUUCAAGUUUGUAGGCCUGUUUAGACUUCCUUAUCAUUCAAACAGAGUUCAUCAUAUCGUUGUGUCAUUUGUUCACGUUCACAGGACUUGAGAGAGCAUUUUGAUCAGAAGAUGGACAGUAUAGACACAAAGAGAUUAAAUGACAGCAAUGCCAGUGACGGUGCGUUGUCAGGGUGUGCUGUGCUCUUCUUGGGAUGUAGCAGUCUAGAACACAACUUUUUAUCUCUUUACAAAGAUGAGAGGGGUAAAUUCGGUGUGUUCAAGGUUAUUAAACUCACCCUUUCAGAUUCUGUUGGAGGACUGGAUGGGUAUGAAAUUCUGAAACUGCACGAUGCUGAUCCCUACCUUGGGGUGGAACUGAAAUUCAUGGCUAUGCCUCCCUGUCAGAGGUUCCUGGAGAGCUACGUGUGUGGUUCACUCACUCAGUUUCUGUCCCAGCAUGCCUCACGUCUACUUGCGCUUCCUGAUGGGGUUGAAAUAGAAACGCAGCUCAAAGCAGGAGUACAUACGUUGGACCACAGCCUUCAGGAUAUAGAGAUCUGCUUGGAUCACAUACGCCAAUCACAGCCUGUGCGUUUGAGAGAUGACGAGGUUACACAGUUGGAGCAGCAGCUGCAGAACAGCUACGGACCUCCCAGUCAACCUCCACAGGAGCUGCCCAGAAACUGCUUUCUCUUUCAGAAGAGAGUUUUUGACGAUAGGCCUUUGACUCCUGCCGACCAGCAGCGGUUUGCUGCUCAUGUGGGACGGGAUUGGAAGCGGGUGGGACGGGCUUUACAAAAGAACUGCCGUGCACUGAAAGGCCCUGCUAUCGACAAUCUCGCUUAUGAGUACGAGAGGGAAGGGCUUUACGAACAGGCCUAUCAACUGCUGGGACGUUUCAUCCAAUCAGAGGGCAGGAGUGCCAAACUGAGUCGUCUUAUUAGUGCACUUGAGGAGACAAAAAUGACCAGCAUGGCAGAGAUCAUGUUGGGCAUCCAGCCACGAGAUUAAGACUGUAAGAGAAUGAAUGACCAAAGUGUAUGUGUGUGUAUAUCUGUGUUUAUGUGUGUGUGCGUGUGUUGUACAUGUGAUUGUUUCCAGUAUAUAUAUAUAUAU